UCCAGACUCUGCUUCGUGCAACCCGACAAUCUCGUAAAGGGGUAUCCUGGAGGUUUAGGGACCUCGCGUGAGGUCGCUGCGAACACCCUCGAUGAUGACCUCUCAUCGGCCUCGCGAUGUCGGUGGAAGCUUUGCGAGUCGGCGUGGCCAUACUAAUCAACUCUCCAUAUCCGAUCCGACCCAUCACAUAACCGAAACCAUCGGCACGUUAUACGGCGACGACGACGACGAUCAAAACGACUCGCGACCUUUGAGCUUUAUCGCAGCCCCGCAAGGGGGUGAACAAAUAGCUCAGCAUGGCGGAUCUCAAUCGUCCUCGGAAAAGAAUCGACUGCCGCUCAUUCGAACAACCUCGGACAAGACAGGCUUAUUAGGUUCAUCAGCUGCCACGACGAACGGAAACUCGGUGCAGAAAGCUCAGACGGUUCCCGGUCGAAUGCCAAGCCAGAGAAGUACGACGUCGAGAAGUAACGAGUCCGGUCCGAAGUCACCCAUCUCCCCCAUGUCGCCUUCGCUCCGCGAUAUGCGCGAAGACGCUCAACAAUAUCCGAUAACCAACAUAGACAAUCCGGGUGAUAUUGCUCAAGAGCUUAGCAAUCUACAGGCGCUACGGCGCAUGUCUAUGGAUGUCUCGAACAAUAGCGAUCCCGAUCUGCUUCCCUUCCAAGGCAUGUCGCUUAUGGCGAUGCCAUCGAUAGCACCAAAAGGAGACGACGAAGCCGAUCCUUCGAGAUUGCUAUGGGUUCCAGCUGGUGUUCAUCCAGAAUUGGCUCCCACUGAGUUCAAGAAUUUCGUUGAGAAAAGGGUGCAGUCGAUGAAGCGGAGAUCCUCCGAAUCUACUCUAUCUGUAGAUGGCUUAGAAAGGAGCGACUCGGGCGGACUACGGAGGAAAAAGUCCAUGCUUUCUAGACAAAUAGACAACGCAGGUGGCCAUGCUGCGGAAGGAUAUAUGGAUGGCGCUGAGAGGUUGGAGAGGAAAAAAUCCCAAAGGCAGCCAGGGGAAGGUCCGCCAGAACUAAGUAUCGACGAACUCAUGAAGGAUCCAUCGAAAGUUGUUCAGAAGCUUACUCUCGAAUCACAACGUCAAGAAGGAGGUGGCGAAAUACAGAAUGCGGAGGAUAUGCCUAUACUCCCUGUUGCGCCAGGCAUGGGUUUGCGUCGAUCAACUCGCACCACGUAUCGAAAAGGCGGUAGCUUGAAGAAUCGACAAGGCUCACUUAGAUCUGAUGAUCGGCUCCCUUUCUCAAAGCGCAUAGCGGCAAGAAAGGCCGAAGAAGGAUCAAGUGCAUUGCCUAGUAACGAGUCGAACAUUGAUGCACCGCCCGGGCAUGGUUUGACGCGGGUACAGUCAGAACCGAUUUCUGAAAACUUUUCUCGGCCAAAUAGACCCGUACGGCGGCAGCAACCUUUCUCUAAAGAAUCUGCACUUGACACAUACGAAGAGCACGACUCUCAAGAGUCAGGCCAAGCUGCUCCGACCAGACCACAAGGACCGACACGCUCACCAUCAGCUGAUGCUAUCAAGACAUCUACUUCUACUCCGCAGAUUAUAGAGACGCCUGCAAUCGAAGAGGAACGCCCCGCGUUACAGAACGCGGAAAACAGCCGGCCCUUUCCCGAACGAUCAUCUUCACAAAGGGGUGCCGCUCAAGCUGCGCCACAACCUCUGGCCCCAGCCGAACCUCCCGCACGUUCAAGCAAAAGGCCAAACUAUGGACAACCACUCCAAAGCUCCGCGCAGCCACAAGCUGCAGGUCGGGCUUCACAGCCGAAUCGGUCCUCAAGUACUUCCAAUCGAACCCUUAAUGAUAUGUCGCAGACGCCUUCGCCUUUCCCUGGCAGUAGUGCUACUAGCACUGAAUCUUUGACCUUCAUUCCCACGUUUACGCAAUCCGAGGAAAGGAAGCCAGAGAAGAAAGGCAAGAAAGAUAAGAGCGAAGGCGAUGGCGAAAAAUCCAAAGCCACUUGGAAGUGGUUCAAGAGCGAGGACAAGGAGAAGAAAAAGAAGGAUGACGAGAAUAGGAAGUCCAAAACCAAGGCUUUGGUUGAAAAGGCCCACGAUAAUGUUCGGCUCGAUGUUCUCCAAACCUCUAUCGAUACAGCGAUCCAUAAGGGACGAGAGAGUCUGUUACUAGACCGUGACACUGUCGACAGUAAGCUAGAAGAAGAACGGAGAAAGGAGAGUAGUCGAAAGUCCGGGGAGCACAAGAAAGAAAAAGACGGGUUGUUUGCCUCAUUUUUUGGAAGCAGCAAGAGAAAAAGCGAGAGGGAGUCGGGCAGUAAGAAACAUCAGGCCCAAAGAUCAUUAUCACCAGAACCGGCUCCGUAUCGACCUCAACGACCCGAUGUUGACUAUCACUGGACCAGAUUCCCCAUCCUCGAAGAACGAGCUAUCUACCGAAUGGCACAUAUUAAGCUCGCCAAUCCUCGUCGUGCCUUGUAUAGUCAGGUCUUACUCAGCAACUUCAUGUAUUCGUAUCUCGCAAAAGUUCAAGCAAUGCAUCCUCAGAUACAAGUUCCCCAAUCGCCUCAACAGAAGAGAUUACAAGAGGAAGAAAGGCGACGACGUGAGCAAGAACAACAAUAUAUGGAGCAACAGCAAGCUCAGGACAGCAUUGAUCGUUAUAACUUCGAAUAUCACCGGUCCCAGUCAACAAACCAAUACGGAGAUCCUAGCAUGCAACAUGAGGCUGGGGAUUAUCCAGAGGCAGCUGAGAUUUAUGACUACGACCACGGCAAAGACAACACGAACCGCGAUGGCGACUAUCAGGACACGGAUAGUUACGAAAAUCAAGAUGCAGACAAGGAUUAUUAUUCCACUUAUGUGCAGUAUACUAAUGAAACUGCGCGUCGCCGGCAGCCAGAGGAAGAGGAAGAAAUGUGGUGAUAAUCCUAACUAUAAGAAGAAAUUAGCAAGCUCAUUUACUGGAUCAUCACAUUCAGUGCAUAUUCUUGGAGUUUGGGGAGGGCGG